CAGUCGUCAAUCGGACGUCGGUGCAGCAAGUACGUUCGCGCUGCUUGUGCUCAGCAAUAUCUAAAAUAAUUAUUUAUUUAAUAGUCAACCAGUUAUCGAUCGUAUGAUCUAAUAUACACUUGAGUGUGCACACAUCAUGACCUCUUACACUUGCCUCCCGUUGGCCCUUAGGCAGGCCAAGCUCUUGGCCACACGCAGCUUCAGCGAGCGCCUGCUCCACCGGCAUCUGUCGGCCAGUCAAACACUCAAAGACAAACACGAAUGUCAAGUUUUGGUUGUUGGCGGCGGCGCUGGCGGCUGUGCUAUGGCUGCGAAACUCUCCUCACGCCUGGGCAAGAACAAGGUGAUCGUAGUGGAGCCCGCUGAUAAACAUUAUUACCAGCCGAUGUUCACGCUAAUUGGGGGUGGCAUGAAGCGCCUGGAGCACUCCUACAAGUCCAUGGCCGAGGUGCUGCCCAAGAAGGCAAAGUGGCUACAGGAAGCGGCCAUAGAAUUCGAUCCGGAGAGUAAUACGGUGAAGACAUCCGGUAGAAAUACUAUCAAGUACGAUAUGUUGUUGAUAGCUACAGGGCUCCAGCUAAACUACAAUAAGAUACCGGGACUCGAGGAGGCACUGGCCAUACCCAAUGGCAAAGUGUGCUCCAUCUAUUCGCCCAAGUACGUGGACAGGGUAUUCGAUUGCCUACGUAAUAUUCAAGAUGGAGAUGCCAUCUUUACAUUUCCCUCGUCGCCGGUCAAGUGCCCGGGAGCACCUCAAAAGAUUGUCUACAUCUCUGAACACUAUUUCCGCAAGUUGGGCAAGCGGAAUAAUAUAAAUAUCAAAUAUAAUACGGCUCUGCCCGUGCUCUUCGGAGUUAAGCACUAUGCAGAUGCUCUCUGGCCAAUUGUGAAGAAGCGCAACAUUACGGUAAAUACGCGCCGUAAUCUAAUUGAGGUUAAGCCCGGUCAAGACAUUGCCGUGUUUGAAAAUUUGGAUAAUCCCAGCGAGCGUUUCGAGGAGAAGUACUCCAUGUUGCACGCCGUACCGCCAAUGAGUGCGCCGGACGCUUUGACUCGCUGCAAGCAGCUGAUCAACGAGGCUGGCUUUGUGGAUGUGGAUCAGUCCACACUGCAGCACAAAAAGUACCAGAACGUAUUUGCUAUAGGCGAUUCAUCCGGUUCACCUAACUCUAAGACUGCCGCUUCAGCAGCUGCCCAGUCACCGGUUGUAUUCCGUAAUAUGAUCGCAGCUCUGGAGGGUAAGCCCCUUAAAGACGUCUAUGAUGGAUAUGCUUCGUGUCCCCUGGUUACGGGCUACAACAGCGUAAUAUUAGCCGAGUUCGAUUAUAGCCUGACGCCUUUGGAGACAUUCCCUGUGGCCCAGAACAAGGAGCGCUAUUCCAUGUUUAUUAUGAAGAAAGAUUUUAUGCCGUUGCUGUAUUGGAAGCUAAUGUUAACGGGACACUGGAAUGGACCCGCACUGAUGCGUAAUUUGUUGUCUGUAUUUAAAUUCGGCAAAUAAGUGCCCUUCUCAUAAAAAGCACACAUCGAAUGAUCUACAAAUGCAAUAACUAUUAUUUUUU